UCUCUCUCUCUCUCCGUCUUUGACAUCUUCAACUGCCGGAUGAGUCUGGAUCACGCCACCAUGGUCGUCGCCCACUGCCGGCAAACUUCGCUAUAAGGACCUGCUUCCUCCCCCCCCCCUACCCCCAACCACACCACAAACACACCUUCCCUCUCCCUUGUCCUCCUCCCAGUCUUUGUUUGCUCUUUAGCUGAAACAAACAAAAAGAGGGUCGAGGAUUAUGGAGUCUUUCACUCCUUAGGCAGAACAAAGAAGAGUUCUUUCUUCCCUCUCUUCUUUGUUCUUUGUCUAUUCCCUCAGCUUCUGGGUCAUAACCUAUGGAGGAGAAGCCAAGAUUCACAGGGAAUGGUGUGCUGAGGCUCCCCCCUGGGUUUAGGUUCCACCCCACCGACGAAGAGCUCGUGCUUCAGUACCUUAAGAGGAAGGUUUACUCCUCUCCCUUGCCAUCCUCCAUCAUCCCGGAAGUCGAUCUCAGCAAGUAUAAUCCAUGGGAUCUACCUGCUUGUGGUGGGUGCGGGUGCGAGGAAGUGAAGUACUUCUUCGGCCUGAGAGAGGCCAGAAAUCCGAACCGGAGCCGCCGGAACCAGGCGGCUGGAUCCGGUUUCUGGAAAGCCACAGGGAAGGAGAAACCAGUGACGCUUUCCUGGUGCCACCGGGUGGUGGGGAUGAAGAAGGUUUCCGUCUUCCACCGAGGGAAGCCGCCCACCAAGACCGAAUGGAUCAUGCACGAGUACCGCCUUGCCGGCCCUCAUGCUACGACCACGUCGGACGCAACUCAUGGUACCAUGGCUGCAAGGUGGGAUUGGGUGGUCUGCCGCGUCUUUAAGAAGAAGAGAGCGAAGAUUGAGAUCGGGGAAGACCACAGGCAGGAGUCGAGCUGCGUCACCGAACUCUCUGAUGGUUCUGGUGACGGAGAGGAAGCAAGUUCAGGCAGCAUGAGUUUGACUCCAUGAGAACAUAGGCAUGUCGCGCUGCUGUAUCAUUAGAUCAAGACUUUUCUUUCUUCCUUUUUGUUCCUCAGAAGCCAACUGCAAAAUAAGCUUUGAGCUGUAACUUGUAGGAUGCCUUAUCUACGACUUAGAUUCAAAAGAGCUUUACGCAGCAGUUGAACUGAUGGCUAAUAUGGAAACGAAAACUUCAAUGUCCAGAAGAACAAAA